AAGAUAUAUCUGAAGGAGAAGAAGUAAGCUAUGGCCAUUUUCCUCCGACACCAAUGAUUCACCACCAUACCUCCAGAUAUGUCUCCCGUAUCUGGAUCCAGCGCUGAUUCAAUCGCGUCAACAAGUUUUUCGAUUCUCGUACGGCUUCCAAUGCCGCUGCCCAUCUUGUCUGUUCCUCGAAAGGACCGGGGGCAUUCCGGAACCCUCAGACCAAACUGCGCUUGCGCGCGAUCUGCUGCAGUUUGCACGCUCCAAUCGCUGCGAUUCGACCCUAUUAACAUCCUCCAAUCCAGACGAAACGCUCCCAACCGAGCUUCUCGCCGUUCUCAACGAAUCGUUCGUCGUCCAGCUUGCCGAGACAUUCAGAAACGCCUCCCACGAUGGGAGCUACCAAACGGCGUUCACGUCCGGCGAGACGCUCCUUGCGCUGUAUAGACUCAUCUAUCCCGAAAAUUAUCCCCAGAUAGGGUUGCAUCUUCUCGAGCUUGCCAAGACGUACUGGAAUGGACUGCUUGUGCAGAACCUGGACACCCGACGAGAGUGUCUGGGAUAUCUCACCGAAGCCAAAGCGAUUCUUUCCGUCCUGGGCCCGGAAGGAGAUGAGGGCGGCCCCUUGGUCGAGAUUAGCACCCUGGAGAGUCUCUUACUAAAUCAGUGAUCGUGAUGCCCAAGUAAUCUAAAUGGCUGUCCUGCGUGGGCUGCGUGGCUUCUAAUCUGCAAACUGCGGAGUAGCAUGGAUGAAUUAUUGACGCGACUUCCAUGCACUGUAUUGCCAGCACAGCGAUUCUCACUCCCUAGAUUUGUGAGACAUAAAAUCUGUUUUCACGCGAUAUCACGUGUACCAUGAUAUCAUCAAGGCCACGUUCAACGAACGCCGCCGGCAACGUCGACCGCUGACGGUGACCGCUCUUCUUGGCUACAAUCCUCCGACCCUUCUAAACCCCCGCUCUUUCUAAUUCUCUCCAAGCAUGCCCGUCGGGGUCGAAGCCUGGGUAGCACAAAUCCCUCCCAUCACCCGAGGAUGGCUCGCGUUGUCUGUCUUGACGAGUCUCGCCGUUCAAUGUCAGCUGGUUACACCACUCCAGCUCUACUUCAGUCCGAAGAACUUUCUGAAUGGACAGCCGUGGCGCGCCGGAACCACAUUCUUCUACUUCGGUCCUAUAUCGCUAGACUUUGUCUUCCACUUGUUCUUCUUCAUGAGAUACAGUCGCAUGCUGGAGGAAUCGUCGUUUCCUAAUCGCAAGGCGGACUACUUCUGGCUCUUGCUCCUUUCCUCGAUCAUGCUCCUGGCUUUGUCGCCCUUGUUCAACCUCCCCUUCCUCUCCUCCUCGCUAGCAUUCGUGCCCAUCUACAUGUGGUCGCGGCGGCACCCGUCCACCCCUAUCUCUCUCUUCGGCAUCAUCACUAUCACAGCGCCGUACCUGCCCAUUGCUCUCGUCGCGUUCUCGUGGAUCCUGAACGGUAGCUGGAAGGCCGCUGCGGGCGACCUGGUCGGCUGCGUUGUGGGCCAUGUCGGGUGGUUCUUGCGGGAUGUGUGGAGCCGGGAGUUGCUGGGAGGUCCGACGUUCUUCAGCGAUGCACCUGUGCCCUUGAAGCGUCUUUUUGGAGACGUGUAGGGAGACUUAGCUUAUUAUCUUUUUUGAAUGCAUGUAGAAUAUGUGUACUAUUGCAACUGCUAUGAAUACAGUCUCAUCGACACACGGGGCUUUCGACGAU